AUGGAGGAGGAGGAGAUAUCUGGGAAGGAGUUUUUGAGGCCGGACAACUCUCUCUCUCUUGCGGAGGCGGAGGCGGCGGCCGCGGCCAGUCGACUCACCGACGACCUCAUCGUGGAGAUCCUGUCCCGGCUCCCCUUCCGGUCCGUCUGCCGUUUCAAGUGCGUCUCUAAGACCUGGCGUGACCUCAUCGCCCACCCCGCCCACCGCAAGAAGCUGCCGCAGACCCUCGCCGGCGUCCUCUACACCAACAUCACCGGUGCCGGCGGCUAUCGCUACCACCUGGCCGGCCUCUCGGCCGAGGCCGACGGUCUUGAUCUUGACCCUUCACUCACGUUCCUGUCACAUACGGAGUACAGGGACUUCGGGCUGGUGCGCGCCUGCAAUGGCCUCCUCCUCUGCUCCUACGAACCGGAGGAGGGAACCGUCCGUUUCGUCGUCUGCAAUCCCGCCACCCAGAGGUGGACGGAGCUGCCCCCUCGCCCGCGGCCAAACACAUGCCGCUAUUACCAGCAGUUCCAUCUGGCUUUCGACCCAGCAGUCCCGUCCCAUUUCCACGUUUUUGAUUUCGAGCGCGCCGACAACUUGGGCAUCACAGGAGUGAGCAUCUACUCGUCCAGAACCGGAGCCUGGAGCCAGAGUGAUACUGGAUUGGUUGAGGAUGUUGUAAUGGUAGGUCAAAGUGUCCUGGUUGGGGGUAUGCUGCACGCUGUUGGCAACCUGCUUGUGGGUGCAGACAGCAACAAUUGGGAAGACAAGACUGUGCUGGUGGCUGUGGACAUGGAGGGCAAGGAAUGGAAGACAAUCUCCGUGCCAUGCGGCCGGGAUUAUGGUAUAGUUGGGUGGUCACAGGGGUGCCUGCACUAUGCUGCUAUAUCUCCAGCUCCUCUCACUGUCGGUGUUGACGACGAUGAGGGUUCACUCAACAUGGCUGAAGAGGUAGCUAUCUGGCGCCUUGAGGAUUAUGAUAAACAGCAACGGGCCCUCAAGCAUAGUUUCAGAAUCGAUAAGGUGCUGAACCUAAAUGAGGUGGACUACCGGCUGGUUGGGUUCCAUCCCGAUCACGACACCUUCUUCUUUGUCAGCAAGGGUAUUUGGGAGGGCGAAAAGGCUUCAUUGGUGUCGUGGGACAUGCGGCGUCGCCAACUCUCUUGUGUUCUCCAUCUCGAGAAAAGCAGUGUAGCGCCGUAUCUGCCUUAUGUUCCUCUCUUCUCAUCGGAGCCACUAGCAGAUGCAGAUGGGCACUAA